GCUCAGGUGCAGUAAGGAGCUCCCACCUAAAAGAUGCAAUGAAUCUUUUCAGCAGAUUGGUCAAUUCUGCCCUUGUCCCUGACGGUUUCUCAUUCUCUUCAGUCCUGUCAGCUUGUGCUCGAGCUGGUGCCCGCUCUUAUGGUGUGUGGGUUCAUCAGCUGAUGGAUGAACUGGGGGUGGAAAAGAAUCACAUUUUAGUGUCAGCACUGAUUGAUAUGUAUGCUAAAUGUGGAAGGAUUGAUGUAUCAGUUGACAUAUUCAACACAGUUAAGAGAAACCACGUGUCCACAUGGAACACAAUGAUUGGUAGCUUGGCAGCUCAUGGUCUUGGAUCUGAUGUGGUGAUACUGUUCCGCAGGAUGGAACAUGCAGGUGUGGUUCCUGAUGGGGUUACAUUCGUUGCACUAUUGGCAGCAUGCAGCCAUUGUGGCAUGGUUGAAGAGGCUCGUCAAUACUUUGAAGCAAUGACUAUGAAGUAUCAUAUCACUCCAAAGGUUGAACACUAUGGUGCAAUGGUGGAUACAUUGUCACGAGCUGGGUUGCUGGAUGAAGCAUACAACUUGGUGAGCUCAAUGGCCGUGAAACCUGAUGCUGUGAUAUGGAGGGCAUUGCUUAGUGCUUGCCGUAGGUACCAUCAAACCAAAUUUGGUGAUGUCACUAUUGAGCAGAUAGCAUGCCAGGGCAGUGGCGAUUAUACCCUUCUUUCAAAUAUCUACUCAUCAAUAAACAGGUGGGAUGAUUCAGAGGAAGUAUGGAAAGAGAGGAAGAAAAGGAAAGUACGGAAGAUAAAGGGUUUGAGUUGGGUUGAAUUAGGGGGAAGCACCCAUGAAUUCAAAGCUGGGGACCGGUCCCAUCCUGAUUCUGAUGAUAUUUAUCGAGUGCUGCAUGGUUUAUCAGAAAAAGCAAAGGUUGAAGGCUAUACUCCAUCCAUUGAGUUAGUAACAAAAGAUGUCUCACCGGAGGAAAGAGAAGAAAACCUCAGCUUCCACAGUGAGAAGCUUGCAGUAGCUUAUAGUGUCCUUAAGACUGGUCCAGGGACAGAAAUAUUUGUGUCAAAAAAUCUGCAGACAUGCGGUGACUGUCAUGAAUGGAUCAAAAUAAUCUCGAAGGUGCUUUGUCGUGUUAUAAUUAUGAGGGAUAGGGUCCGAUUUCACCGCUUUGAAAGUGGGUGCUGCUCCUGUAAAGAUUACUGGUGAGCCCUUGA